GGCCACUCCGGCGAGCGGCAGGACGGCAGCGCCCGCCUCCGCUCUCCGUCGCCCGCAGGAUCCAUGGCGGGGGCCGUGCCCCUGCAGCUGCUGCUGCUGCUGCUGCCGCUGCUGCCGCCGUCCGCCGUCGCCGUGCCGGCCGCGGGCGAGCCGUCGUGCCACGGAGCCUUCGAUAUGUACUUCGUCUUGGACAAGUCUGGGAGCGUGGCAACGAACUGGCAUGAGAUAUUUGAUUUUGUACGUCAGCUGACAGAAAGAUUUGUGAGCCCGAAGAUGAGAUUAUCGUUUAUCGUGUUUUCCACCCAGGCACACGUCAUCAUGCCGCUCACUGGAGACAGAGAGAAAAUCAAGAAAGGUCUUAAGGAUUUGGAGGAGGUGAUACCAGCAGGUGAGACAUAUAUACAUGAAGGACUAAAACAGGCCAAUGUGCAAAUUGAGAAGCAAGGAGCUUCGAGGUUCUCUAGUAUCAUCAUUGCACUGACAGAUGGCAAGCUGGAUGGUCAGAUUCCCUUGUAUGCAGAGAAAGAGGCAAGGAAAUCCAGAGACCUGGGAGCGAGAGUUUACUGUGUUGGUGUCCAGGAUUUUGAACAAGAACAGCUGGAAAGAAUUGCUGAUGUGAAAGAGCAAGUCUUCCCUGUCACUGGAGGAUUCCAAGCACUUAAGGGGAUAAUCAAUUCUGUUUUGAAACAGUCAUGCACUGAGAUCUUAUAUUUGGAGCCAUCCAGUGUCUGUGUGGGAGAGGAGUUUCAAGUUGUUCUUAGAGGAAGCGGCUUAACCCUUGGUGGGAGAACUGACAGCGUGACUUGUACCUAUCAAGUGAAUGGGACUACAAUCCAUGAAAAACCUAAAACAGUGGAGUCUGAUUUUUUGCUCUGCCCUGCACCGAUCCUGUACAAAAGUGGCCAAACCCUGGAGGUUUUGGUGAGUUUGAAGGAAGGCCAGUCUUUCAUGUCCAGCUCGUUAACCAUCACUGCUUCGGAGUGUUCCAGUGGUGUGGCAGCGCUCAUUGCCGUCCUCGUGCUGCUGCUGCUGGUGGCACUCGGCCUGCUCUGGUGGUUCUGGCCCCUGUGCUGCAAAGUGGUCAUCAAGGAUCCCCCUCCACCUCCACCAGCCCCGAAAGAGGAAGAAGAACAGGAGCCCUUGCCUACCAAGAAGUGGCCUACAGUGGAUGCUUCCUACUACGGUGGAAGAGGAGUUGGGGGAAUUAAGAGGAUGGAGGUGCGCUGGGGUGACAAAGGCUCCACGGAAGAAGGGGCCAGGUUGGAAAAAGCAAAGAAUGCUGUGGUGAAACUCCCAGAAGAACCAGAAGAACCUUUUCACCCUAAACCACCUAAACCAAAGCCUACCUCACCAGCCAUGCAGCAGAAGUGGUACACGCCAAUCAAGGGCCGGCUUGACGCGCUGUGGGCGCUGCUGCGGCGGCAGUACGACAGAGUCUCGCUGAUGCGGCCCCAGCAAGGAGACGAGAUAUUGCUGCAUGGGUGGUUUUGGACGCCUUUAGAGGAAGGACUUACAUGAGUAUGCAGUUUUUUCUCCACACCAGCUUGCAGAAGACAGUGAUGCUGGUCACAUCACACCCAGCCCGCGUUUCUAAUAAAACCUGCAGUUCAUGUUGAUCUGGAGUGAUAAAUCCCUAACAAGUGAACACAAGUCUUUUCUCUCCUGCUGGCCUCAGUUUGUCCAUCUAGAAUGCACAUGGUUGAAAUUCCCACUUAAACUGACUGAGUAUUUGUUAUUACCUGUUACUGACACUGAUAGUGUUUGGGGAUCUGUUAUUUCUUAGGGCUUUGAGGUUCCCCAGCUCAGGGUGUUUUCCCUGCCUCUUACAUAAUUAGGGGUCUGCCUGACCACAUUCCUUCUUUCUCUCCUCCCUUCCCCAUGAGUCCUGGAGUAAGGAGGCUGAGGGCAGAGACAUGGGGAAUUAGUGGGGAACCAAAACAGGCACUGUUCAUUUAAGGUUCUCCUCUCUCUCCCUCUGCCUGGAACUCGUUCUGGCAGGAAAAACCCUCCAAGCCAGCCCAAACUUCAUCUAAAUUCAUGCACUGGUAAUUGUCUUUAAAGAGCAGUGAGAAAGCUACAGACAACAGCAGAAAUAUUGCAUGGCUGGGUAAAUUGCAAUAUUAAUUACAUCACUGAGAACUACUGCAAUUCCCCAUUCCCUGCUUCCUGCUGAUGUUUUGCAGUCUUAUUUUGCUGUUGUGGCAUUACCUUGGCUGUGAACACCUUGCUGUCAGUGGCUCUUUGACAUCAGCUCUGUCAUCACAAGUGCUUGAAUUCACAGCAUUUCAGGACUUUGAGCUCCAGAAAUACUUAGCUUCUAUCACAGAGUUCAUUUGAUAUGCUUAUUUAAAAAAACCCAACCCAAUAAUCAUCAGAAGAAGCCCAUGGAAAGGCACAUAAAGAUGCCAGGCCUAUUAUCCUUUGCCUUUAAAGGAACCUCUUUGUGCUCCUGGUUGAUCAACAACUCCCUGACACGAGGUUGUGGCCAGGGGGGAGCCGGGCUCCCAGGGAACAAGCGACAGGACAAGAGGAAAUGGCCUCACGCUGUGCCAGGGGAGGUUCAGGUUGGAUACUAGAACAGUGUAUUCAUGGAAAGGGGGUCAGACCCCCGUGGUGGAGUCCCCAUCCCUGGAGGGUUUUAAAAGUCAUGUGGAUGUGGUUCUUGGGGAUAUGGUUUAGUGGUGGCCUUGGCAGUGCUGGGGGAAUGGCUGAACUAGGUGACCCUGGAGGACUUUCCCAACCUAAAGGAUUCCCCGAUUUUUCUCUCUGCACCUCUUCUGCAUUUACAACACAGAUGGUGGCAGCCAGAAGUUCUUACAAUUCCUAUCCCCGUUCAUCCGCCAGUUUUAUAUUCCUUAAACAGAAACACAACCAUUAGGAAAGCAUCAGGAAACCACUUGAUGUUCCAUUUGUGCCAGUGGAGACCUGCUGGAGCCAUGCCAGAUACCUGUGUGCUGUCACCCUCCUUGUUACCCAGUAAAACUGUUGAUCAAACCAAAUAAAUGAAAGGAAUAUGAAGCCCGGCCCAGAAUCUCCCAGAUUUUACAAGAAAGCAUAAUUUUGGCAACUCCAUAAUCUCCCAGGUUUCACAAGAAAGCAGCAAUUUUCCCCCAGCCAUACAUCUUGAAGCAGAAAUAAGGAUUCAGAGCACAAGCACUGCUGCCUGCUCCAAACCCAGCACCGUCACAGGGCACCAUCCUUGACACAUGCCCAUGACAAAAGGGAAGGGAUCGCUGCUGUGCCAGGGAGCUGCUGUGUGGGAGCACAUCCUACUCCAAUGCUCCAUGAUCCGUUGGGAGUUUGGGCAUUUAAGUAAGCUCCAAAUGGAUAAAAAGGGCUCAUGACUUAGGCUAGUGAAUUUGUUUCAUUCAGCAACACCAAAAGCUGUCAGGAUUCACCCGGGCCCCUUGAUGGGCAAAUGGUAUCUGCUCAGGUAUGGCAUGAGAAACCCCUUUUCCUUCUGUGCACAGAGAUUUACAGCCCUUAAGGACAGAGUUUACAGAUGCAGAGCUGGGGCUAUUGCUAAUAAAAUGCAGUCUCAGAUCAUCAGCAGCUCCACUAACAGUCACAUCUAUCCAUGCUCACCGUGUGAGGACCUGGCUCGGGGGGCAUCCAGGGGGCAGGAUUUGCCUCCCCCCAUGCUCUUCCCUUCCCACGGUCAGAGGGGUUUGGGUUUGCUCAGUGCAGUUACCCAGAAUUUGUGAAUUAUGCUCACAGAAGACAUGGGAGUGUCAAAAUGUGUCGCCCAUGUCCUCGCAUUUGCCUACAGCUGCAUUUGUAAGGCAAAUGUGGUGCCUCACUCUGGAUAAUUUCCAUUAAUUCUUAAAAGGUUUUCAUGGGCUUGUUAUUUUCUCAAACAUCUGAAUUUCAAUUACAGCCUCCUCCUAGCAUGCAGCAGCCUCACUGUGUGUGCUACUCUGCC